AUGACUUAUAAGGAGGGGCUUAUGUCACCACCAAUGGAGACAAAAGUAAGUGUUGGAUUCAAGAGUUACGCCCGAGAAAGCGAGGGUCGCGAUAGGCUGCUGAAUCUUCUACUAUUACAUGGACAAUCGUGUGGAUCGAUGGGCUUACCGGUCUUGAUCGUUAUAAAGGAUGAUGCUAUGACAUUGAGCACUGUUGAUGGAGAAGAAAAUCAAUAUAUUGCUUAUGUAGCUUACCCCUUAGACCUUUUUGAAGAAGGUUUUGUUACUAAUAUUUUUACUUCCAUUGUGGCUAAUGUAUUUGGGUUCAAAGCCCUACGCGCUCUACGUUUGGAGGUUUUGUGA